AACAGAAAGGAUUUUUCUCCCUCCCAUCACUGCAAUGUGCAAUAUUUUUUCCUCCUGUUUUCUUCUCUUCAAUUCACCUCACUCCACACGCAGGUUUCACCUUCAGUUACUUCUAUUUACGUUGAAGCAUCCGUUUGUUUGUUUGUUUGUUUCUAAUUCUCUAGCCAGAAUACUAGAAUUGGUAGUUAAACGCCGCCGCUUGAUAUUUCUUGAUCGCAAAAUAGGCAAAGACAAAUUUGACAUACAAAGACAAAACAGACAAGGGCAAAUUUUCCGAGAACUCGGAAAAUUAUAUGAUCCAUUCUACAAUCAUGGACAAAAAUCUUGGGACAAAUUUGCACUUGUGGAUCUUUUUCACAGCUUAAACUACCAGUCGCGCGCGAAUGCAAUUUCACUUGUUCAGCCUCUCCCCACGAGCCAAAAUGUUCAACACGUUUGUUGAAGACAAUUUCUCUUGAGGUUCAAUAUUGCAUUGGAUGGGGAAGGGGGCAACAGCAACGCAUUUUCAAAAGGAUAGAAGUUGUGGGAUUUUUUACCAUUGUGGCUGGAAUGACUAAGAUUCAUUUAAUUCAAGCCGAUCAUAUGUAUCGUAGUCGCUACUAGGUAUCAAGUUUAGGAAGAGCACAUGGUUUUUCGUUAAGAAGUUUGUUUAUUGUUCAAUGAUGUUUUUCUUGGUUUAUUGCGGAACAAGGCACGAAAACCUUGUAAGUAUCGAUCGGUUUUUACUUAAGUUUCUCAUCGGUGGUAUUUUGGUCUUCUAUUUUGCUUAUUCAGCGGAUUCAUGUGUUUCCAUUUCAGUGAAUCGCUCGUUCGUGUAAAUAAAAGUCAAGUUCAGCGUAUCUCAAAUAUUAUCCUUGUUACCGCAGUUCAGUAGCGAACAAUGGGUUCCUACAUCAUUCAAAGUUUUUCUUGGCGUAGAUUGUUCAUGAGAUGUCAGAUGAGGCGAGACGUACGUCGCUUCAACAGGAAUUAUCGCCGAGCGAAGAUCUUCGCAUCGAAACUACAAGCUUGCAUCAUGUUGCGCGAUCCGAAACUGCGGGUCCCCUGGAAUUUGUUCGCACUACGAGACAGAAAGUGCCGUCGAAUUUUAUGGAUUCAGAAGAUGUUCGAAGUGAAAGGGCGAUCGAUCUACAGGCGAAAACGGCAGAACACUUAGGAGACCUAAGAAAGAGGUUGAGAUUUCUUCAAAGGCUUAUCUCCGAACAUGCGAGCGAAGGAGAAGUGAUUCAAGGUGUAGACGAUUACGAGCGUGCUUUACGCAGAUUUGUCGAUGCUCACGAGACUUACUUGAAGUUUGAAGACAACGAAGAAAUGGUAAAUACGCCCAACGAAAGUUACGAGAAGGAAAAGGAGAACAAAUUUCUCUUCGACGUUGAGCUCAACACGUGGAAAUUAAAGAUGAAACACAAUACGAAGGGAAUGUUAAGAUCAGUUCACAAAUCACGUCAAUCAAGUAAGACUGGGAGAAGUUUAAAUUCCAGUAGGAGUAGUGUGAGAGGCAAGCGGAGAAUACUUGAAGAAGCACGACUAAAAGUGGACGCGCUAGAGCGAAAACAGAGCCUUGAGGGUCGUUUAGAAGAAGAAGAAGUUGACUUUAAGAGGAGAGAACUUGAAAUUGCUGAAGACAGAGAACGAAGCAAGACUGAGUUGGCAAGGAAGAUCGAAAGGAUGCAGGCAGAAAUGGAAUUCAAGAAGGCUGCUGUUGAUCUUGAGAUUGAGCAAGAAGAAUUGCAAAACGACCACUCCGACAAUGAAACUUUGGCAAGUGAUAUAAUUCCAGCAUUACCCUUAGAGUUGGGCUCUCAUACAUCACCCGCUCCUGUUAGCUUACCAUCAAACGUAUUCUUGCCUGUGGAUCCUCUAUUUGAUGCUCAGAAUGUUAAGUCCGAGGCUUUGAAAGUUGAUCAUGAGGUGUCGUCAGCAUCGGUUAUCUCUAAAGAUGGUAUAUCGCCUCAGUACAUACCACUACCUACUCCUGCUUCUCAGCGGAAAGACACAAAGCAAGGGAUUUCUUCAAAGGCAGAUGCAAAUGAUAUCACACCGAGUGUAAAUAUGCCAAGGGCAACAAGUUCCCCAACCGCCACCAAAGAGCAGACAUUUCCUACAGAAAGGUGCCAAAGUGAACAGCGUACUCCCCAGCAAGAUGUAUCGUCAACACCUCAGUCACCCCCUAAACCAAGUCAUACCCAGCUUGAGCAGGUAUUGUUGGAAACACUUCAGUAUCUCACCCAGCAGUCAGUUCGCCAAGUGCCGCAACUUCAGUUGGCCGAAUCACAACCAGACGAGGCUCCCUGGCAAGCCAUCGCAGAUGGACUUAAACAAGGUCCCACUCUUCCGAAAAUAGAGUUGAUGAAGUUUGGAGGAGAUCCGUCUGAGCAUGGUGAGUCUGUUGCCAAUUUCCGUGACAAUAUUGAAAGCCAGGUGUCUGAUGACUCACAAAGACUUACUCGCUUACUUGCUCAGUGUGUUGGAAAGGCGAGAGAUGCUAUCAAAAGUUGUGUUAACCUUCCUGUUGGUCAGAGAUACAAUGCAGCCUGGAAAACCCUGUUGAAGAACUUUGGACAGCCUCACAUGGUGGCUGAUGCUCAUAUGAGAAAGUUGAGGGAGUACAACCUGAGAAGAGUCGAUGCCACCAACCUCAUGGACUUUGCGAGAAGACUUCAAGAUACGAAGCGGGUUUUAACAAGUAUGGGACCACUUUAUGUAAGCCGCCUCAACAAUGAGGAUACAAUUCUUAUGCUUAUGAAGAAGCUGCCUGAUGAAGACUUGAAGCUAGAAUGGACAGACGUCGCAGGGGACAUGAUUUGUUCUAAAGGACAUCUUGACUUUUAUGAUUUUCUGAACUUCAUUCAGAAACGAGCUGAUCGCUUAAACAACCGUUUUGGACAGGAAUUGAAGUCACCGCCGCUUCAAAAAGAGAAAGAAAAAAGAUAUGGAAACAGAGGGAAACAAGAUCCUCCAAUUAAUGCCACGACCCUAACUACUCAGGGCAAGGGAAGCAGAAAACCCACCGAUACUGGAUCAGCCACCUUAAAGUGCUAUCAAUGCUCUGGACCUCAUGCGAUUUGGCAUUGCGAGGUUUUUAGAAAUUCAUCUCAUGAAGAUCGAUUGCGAACGGUACAACAGAAGAAACUCUGUGGUAGUUGCCUUGGACAUGGUCACUUCUCGCAAUCUUGCCCAAAGGGAUAUUCUUGUCGGAAGCCAGGAUGUGGAAGGAAGCAUCAUUCACUUCUUCACCCUCGUGAGAGCGGAGGGACCAUUGGACCUGAAGUAAAACAAGACAGCGCCAAUCAGCAACCCAUUAUUCAAGACCAGAAUUCGGUUGGUGGAACAGCCUCAACCGUCACUGAGUCCAACCCCUCCCCAGUUACUGAAUCAAGCACAUUUGCAGUAUCCAGAGAUUCCAUUCCAGUGGAACCCACAGCGAGUAAUAGACUAAGGGUCUGCUUCAAGGUCGUGCCAGUAAGAGUCAGUGGGCCAGGUAGCAAUAAACAGCUUGCCACGUACGCCAGUGACAGUGGGUCGGACACUACACUCUGCUUAAGAAGUCUGCUAGAAGAAUUGAGCCUUGAAAGCAAACCCACUGAUUUCACCCUUUCAACGGUCAAUUAUGAAGGAAAGGAACAUUACCAUCGAACCCGCCUAGAUAUAGGAGCACUUGACGGACAAACAAAGUUUACUCUUGAUCAGGUUCUGACGACGGAGAGCCUACCCAUUGGCGAGAGGCACUUUGCCAGCAAUAGAGAACUGAGAAAAUGGCCACAUCUUGAUGGCGUCAGUCUUCCUGAAAUAGAGAAGCAUAGUGUUUCGAUUCUUAUUGGCAGUGACCGACCAGAUAUUAUCGAUGACAAUUCAGAGAUCAGGAGAGGAGAUAGAGGCCAGCCCUAUGCUGUGAAAACUCCCUUAGGAUGGACAGUGUAUGGCCCAAUGGGUGAACCUAACGGUGAUGGUGUCCACAUCAAUCUCAUUAGAAGUGAUCAUGAAGAGACACUAAGUAUGCAGCUGGAGCAUUUGUACAAUACCGAGUUCAAGGAUACCGUCAUGGAUGUUGAAGAGAGUUUGUCACUUGAGGACCGAAGAGCGAAGCAGAUUAUAGAUGAAUCAGUGGUCCUCGUCAAUGGCCACUAUCAACUCAAGCUGCCAUUUCGACACAAUCCCCCCUGUCUUCCCGACAGUCUCCCAGUAGCGAAGAAGAGACUGCACUGGUUGAGAAAGAAGAUGGAAAGGGAUCCUGAAUUUCACCGGCAAUAUGCAAGUGUAUACAGGCAAAAACUAACGAUAGAUAAAUCCGACGUUUCGGCGACAUCUUGGCGCCAUUCAAGAUUUGGAGGAGAUCCGUCUGAGCAUGGUGAGUCUGUUGCCAAUUUCCGUGACAAUAUUGAAAGCCAGGUGUCUGAUGACUCACAAAGACUUACUCGCUUACUUGCUCAGUGUGUUGGAAAGGCGAGAGAUGCUAUCAAAAGUUGUGUUAACCUUCCUGUUGGUCAGAGAUACAAUGCAGCCUGGAAAACCCUGUUGAAGAACUUUGGACAGCCUCACAUGGUGGCUGAUGCUCAUAUGAGAAAGUUGAGGGAGUACAACCUGAGAAGAGUUGAUGCCACCAACCUCAUGGACUUUGCGAGAAGACUUCAAGAUACGAAGCGGGUUUUAACAAGUAUGGGACCACUUUAUGUAAGCCGCCUCAACAAUGAGGAUACAAUUCUUAUGCUUAUGAAGAAGCUGCCUGAUGAAGACUUGAAGCUAGAAUGGACAGACGUCGCAGGGGACAUGAUUUGUUCUAAAGGACAUCUUGACUUUUAUGAUUUUCUGAACUUCAUUCAGAAACGAGCUGAUCGCUUAAACAACCGUUUUGGACAGGAAUUGAAGUCACCGCCGCUUCAAAAAGAGAAAGAAAAAAGAUAUGGAAACAGAGGGAAACAAGAUCCUCCAAUUAAUGCCACGACCCUAACUACUCAGGGCAAGGGAAGCAGAAAACCCACCGAUACUGGAUCAGCCACCUUAAAGUGCUAUCAAUGCUCUGGACCUCAUGCGAUUUGGCAUUGCGAGGUUUUUAGAAAUUCAUCUCAUGAAGAUCGAUUGCGAACGGUACAACAGAAGAAACUCUGUGGUAGUUGCCUUGGACAUGGUCACUUCUCGCAAUCUUGCCCAAAGGGAUAUUCUUGUCGGAAGCCAGGAUGUGGAAGGAAGCAUCAUUCACUUCUUCACCCUCGUGAGAGCGGAGGGACCAUUGGACCUGAAGUAAAACAAGACAGCGCCAAUCAGCAACCCAUUAUUCAAGACCAGAAUUCGGUUGGUGGAACAGCCUCAACCGUCACUGAGUCCAACCCCUCCCCAGUUACUGAAUCAAGCACAUUUGCAGUAUCCAGAGAUUCCAUUCCAGUGGAACCCACAGCGAGUAAUAGACUAAGGGUCUGCUUCAAGGUCGUGCCAGUAAGAGUCAGUGGGCCAGGUAGCAAUAAACAGCUUGCCACGUACGCCAGUGACAGUGGGUCGGACACUACACUCUGCUUAAGAAGUCUGCUAGAAGAAUUGAGCCUUGAAAGCAAACCCACUGAUUUCACCCUUUCAACGGUCAAUUAUGAAGGAAAGGAACAUUACCAUCGAACCCGCCUAGAUAUAGGAGCACUUGACGGACAAACAAAGUUUACUCUUGAUCAGGUUCUGACGACGGAGAGCCUACCCAUUGGCGAGAGGCACUUUGCCAGCAAUAGAGAACUGAGAAAAUGGCCACAUCUUGAUGGCGUCAGUCUUCCUGAAAUAGAGAAGCAUAGUGUUUCGAUUCUUAUUGGCAGUGACCGACCAGAUAUUAUCGAUGACAAUUCAGAGAUCAGGAGAGGAGAUAGAGGCCAGCCCUAUGCUGUGAAAACUCCCUUAGGAUGGACAGUGUAUGGCCCAAUGGGUGAACCUAACGGUGAUGGUGUCCACAUCAAUCUCAUUAGAAGUGAUCAUGAAGAGACACUAAGUAUGCAGCUGGAGCAUUUGUACAAUACCGAGUUCAAGGAUACCGUCAUGGAUGUUGAAGAGAGUUUGUCACUUGAGGACCGAAGAGCGAAGCAGAUUAUAGAUGAAUCAGUGGUCCUCGUCAAUGGCCACUAUCAACUCAAGCUGCCAUUUCGACACAAUCCCCCCUGUCUUCCCGACAGUCUCCCAGUAGCGAAGAAGAGACUGCACUGGUUGAGAAAGAAGAUGGAAAGGGAUCCUGAAUUUCACCGGCAAUAUGCAAGUGUAUACAGGCAAAAACUAACGAUAGAUAAAUCCGACGUUUCGGCGACAUCUUGGCGCCAUUCUACUGCAGGGACCAGAGAACACAAGUUCGUUGAUAGGAGUGAUUCUCAGAUUCAGAGUUAA